AUGUCCCUGACGCCUCCUGGUAAACUCAGCUCGCAGCAGACCAAGAUGCAGGCCUUUAACUUGUGGAAGGACUAUUUGGGCCUGGCAAAGGUGGUGGGAGCCAUCCGGGAGGAGCUGAGUUCCUGGAACAGCUGGGAUAACAUGGGCACCUCUGGGACAAGGGAGACCCCGCAAGCCUCUCACCCAGAAGGCAGUCCCUUCCUGGGUGCCAGACCUAAGGCAAACUCCUCUUGUUCCUUCUGCAAACACAAUGGGGAGUCACGUCACAUCUACCAGUCGCACAACCUGAAGGAUUCGGCAGGGCGGGUGCUGUGUCCCAUCCUGAGGGAUUACACCUGCCCUCAAUGUGGGGCCACCCAGGACAAGGCCCACACCAGGCGCUUUUGUCCCCUGACCAGGAAUGACUACCGUUCUGUGUACAACUACCCAUCGCGGAACUCAGUUGGAAAGUGGCCUGGUCAGUCGGUCGGUGCCCCUCGGUGGCGCAAGGUGCCUAGCCCAUCAGAGACAAAGGGGUCCCAUGGGAGACUGGCUGAAAAAGUAUCGACUUCUGCUGGCUUCACAGGUUCCCAGGUUCCCAGGACCUCCUUCUCUUCAUCUUUUUCCUUAUGA